GGCUGCGAUGGAUGCCUCAGGGAAGCUGGUGAUUUAUGCUCUGGGGGACCCGGCCCAGCACAGCCCUGGGGCAAUGUCGGCUGGAUUGCCCAUCUCUCGGAAGUGAGCUUAGUUGAAUGGAACUCGGCCUCUGGAACCAAAGCGCCAGAUGUGUGCAGCUCGCGUGCACGGGUUGCAGGGCCAGGUCUCUCUGCGGGAUUCUGCUGAGCCGGGUGCCGUGGGCGAUUAGCAGCCUGGAUCGGACCCCCUGCACCCAGCACCGCCGGACAUUCAUCAACCUCACGGGGCCUUUCACCAACAAAAGGAAGGAGUAUUCGGAGAGGCGGAUAAUAGGGUACUCCAUGCAGGAAAUGUACGAGGUGGUGUCCAACGUGGAUGAGUACAAGCACUUUGUCCCUUGGUGCAAGAAGUCGGUGGUGGUCUCCAAGCGCACGGGCCACGUGAAGGCUCAGCUGGAGGUGGGCUUCCCGCCCAUCCUGGAGAGAUACACCUCCAUCGUCACCCUGGUGCGCCCACACCUCGUCAAGGCCAUCUGCACUGACGGGAGACUCUUCAACCACCUGGAGACCAGCUGGCGCUUCAGCCCCGGCAUCCCAGGCUACCCCCGCACCUGCACGGUGGAUUUCUCAAUCUCCUUUGAGUUCCGCUCCUUGCUGCACUCGCAGCUCGCCACGGUCUUCUUCGACGAGGUGGUCAAGCAGAUGGUGGCGGCUUUCGAGCGGCGGGCAGCCAAGGUCUUCGGCCCGGAGACACGCAUCCCCCGGGAGCUCAUGUUCCACGAAGUUCACCAAACGUGAGGGGAGCUGGGGCUGCCCGUGCAGACUCUGCGGGGGUGGCGCUCGGGCGCCCCGCCCCCUUUUAACUAUUUAUUUGAUUUCACCUCUCCUGAUGCGCACUCUGAUUUAUCUGCUGGCCCUGGUGUGCCGAGAAGCGGGGUGGAGCCGGGGCGGCUGGGUCUGGCUGCCGCAGGCCCGGCAGAGCGUCGCCCUGGCCUUGCGCCUCGCACAGAACUGCACUGCUGGGCUCAAUGGUUUUGUAGCUAAUUUUAUUUUAAACUUAUUUUAUUUGGGGGGGAGGGGGAGGGCUGGUUAAAAUCCCUCCAGCCAGGGAAGCACCAGCCCGGCCCCUUGCUGAUCUGCAUUUUUCUUCUCGUCCCUUCCCCCUGCGCUGCUGUCAUGGCAGACUCCAGCAAGGCUGUGCUGAGCCAACCCAGGCGUGCUCAGCCAGCCUGGUCCUCGGGCACGCAGGAGAGGGGCGGGGCCGAGGGGGUACGUGCAUUGCCCCUUGGCUGUGGCCACCUGUGGACCGGUCUGUGGCCAGCAGCUGUGCCUUUUUGGGGUGGGGUGUGAAACCGCCGAGGCCCUUCUCCCAA